AUGGUUGACUAUUCAAAAUGGGACAGGUUAGAAUUAUCUGAUGAUUCCGACAUUGAGUGCCAUCCAAACGUGGAUAAGGCAUCCUUUAUAAGAUGGAAGCAAAGAGAUAUACACGAGAAAAGGGCACAAAGAAAGGCUGAAAUUAAAGGGCUGAAGAUCCAAAAGGAAAUGUACACAAAAUUGACAGAAAGGGUGAAUAAAUUGUUGAAGCAUUUUUCCAUUAUUGAUAUCACAGAUGCACAAAAGAGGAACGAAUACAUCAACAAUCAGUUCGAUCCACAGGAAAAGUGCACAAUUGAACAAGAUGACAAUUCCCCUACGUACAACGAGAUGAUCGAGGAUCUAUUUACACAGAUUGAGGCUGAUAUCAAGAAAGAAGGCAAAGAUGUUCAGGAUGGUAGCACCAUUUUGCAAAAAGUUAAAGAGCACCAGGGAAAAAUCAACAAGGUUCUGGAGCAGAUUGAUCCCAAGCUAGAGGAGCUGGAGGAAGAGAAGCACGAGCAUAUUACGAGUGAGGACUACCACGUUGGAUUUGAUUCAUCCUUUAUCAACAAGAACGAGAAACAGGAAAGGCAGAAGGAAAACGAUCCAGAUGCUAUCGAUAAUACAAACGAUGGAAAACAUGAUCCUGCGGCAUCAGAGGGUGCAUCUGCCAGUGAGAGCAAGCAGUAUAAAGAAAAAGUGGAAACGAUAAACGAUGUAAGGGAUGAUUCUGGUCAGAAACCAUCCAAGCCUUUGAAUCAACUCGAUGAUGUAGAAUGUCUUCCAGAAACACUUGUUUUUUCUAAGAUACCACAGCGCGAUAUUGAGGAUGCAGGUAUGUUUGUGAAAGAGCAUCUUUACAUUGCUUGUGAGCAACAGAAGGAUUCUUUGAUGAUGAAAGCCUUUGACUCCGAGUUGUCUGGAGACAAAGAGAGAACAAAACAGAUAGUUCACCAAGGUCUGCUUCUCCAGUAUUUGGAUGACUUGUUCAGAGGUGCAGUUGCGAACCAUAGUGCACUGAGGAAAAAGCAGCUGGUCGACAUGUUUGUGGAGAAGAUGUCUGAUGCCAACUCACCUGCGUAUGCCGUUUUUAUGCAGGAUUAUGACAAGAUGUACAAGCACAUCAUUAGUCGAUGCAAGAUCCUGAAGGAGGAGCAGGAAAAAGAAGAUCCAAAUGAAGGAGUGGAACAGAUUCAGCUACGGUCUGUUGAUCCUGGCUCCGAACUAACGGUUCAGCUUCCAAAAGAGGGAACAGAGGAGUAUAAAUACUUCCAGACACUUCCUGAAAACAUGCAGGAAGCUUUGAAGACGGAAGACCUGGAUGAAAUUAACAAGGUGUUUGCAUCUAUGAGUGUGGAAGACGCCGAGCAGAUAUUGGAUACAUUUGACAGAUGCGGUGUAAUUCAAGUACAGGCACUACUUGAUAACGAGGAGCAAUUUGAUGAACUCAAGAAGCAGUGCGAGAAAACAGAUAAGACUUCCAGUAAAGAUGUCAAAGAUGGAAUAGAGAGUCUUAGCAUUAAUGAGCAACAGCAUCAGCCAGAGACAAAGCAACCAGAUACAGAUGCAGAUAUUAUGAACACUGCGGAUAUCGUGGAUUGA